AUGUCACAACGAAACCGCAGCGGCCGCGGGUCAAGCCGUAACAAUGGCGGCUCACACGGCGAAGAAGCACAGAUAUGGGACUCUUGCAAGAGCCAGUUGGCCGAAAUUGUUAACGGCAUCAAUGGCGAGAAUGACAGCCUGAAGGAGCUUGUUGGCAUGGACAAGCAGGUGGGCGCCAUGGACCCCAACAAGAUUCCAAAUGAGUCUCUUAAGAAGAUGGAGAAUCUCUGUCGGUCUGGAGUGAAAUUCUCCGAGGCCAAUAUUGCAGCCCUCAAGAACGUGACAGAGCAGCUUAAGAUCUUGCGCGCCGUAGUCGUCGCCAAGGAGCAGGCAGAGGCUGCAACGGCGGGACCGGGAAAGAGAGCUGCCAGAGACAGCGCGCCCAGCUCGUCCCUGUACGACUUUGAUGCAGCAGGCGACUCACCCGUCCCCAGCCCCAUUGGAGGCUCGAGAAAACACAGCGAGAGGAAUAAGGACCGCGACCGCGAACGAGAUCGAGAUCGAGAUAGCAUACCACCCAAAGCAGAGAGUGUGGAGCCACCCGGUUCAGGAAACAAGUCUAAACUCAUCUUUUCCAAGGGUGACGCCGUGGCCUUCAAGUCCAAGGCUGGCGCAACGGAGGGCAUGGCAGACUGGAUCAUGGGCGAGGUUGCGCAAGUUAUUGGUGACGGUAAGAACCGCCGGUACAAGGUUCUCGACAUUGAGCCCGACGACCACAGCAAGCAAAAGGAGUAUAGGACGAGCGCGAGCAACAUGAUUGCGAUUACACCAGAGAGCCAGGCCAGCACGCUUGAGGAUUGGAAGAAGGGCCAGGUUGUGUUGGCCCUGUAUCCUAACACGACGACGUUUUAUAAGGCGGAGGUGCACAGCAUGGAUGGCGCUGGCAAGGUGAAUCUCAAAUUCGAAGGGGAAAAUGACUCGACGACUCUGCAGCAGGUCGAACGACGCUUUGUGAUUGAGUACCGGGCGUAG